ACCCCGAACGUCGGCACCUGCGCACUGAGGCGUCCGCAGCAGCCGGCUGCCAAACAGGGAGGCUGUGGACACAGCUUUGGUUUGGCCUUUGGUUUGGCAAAAGGCUUCAGCAGAAUUGGCCACAAUGGCUUUCUCUUGACUUGCCAGCCUCACAGCAACACUUGGCAGCUUCAGCUGCAGCCUGUGCCCGUGACUGACUUGGAUGGCCGUGCUUGAGGGUGGGCUUGCCUUCCACACUCAGGUGUCCCAAGGCAGCGGCCUUGUUGCCAUCAUGACACAGAGAGAGAGAGACUCAGGACAUGAGAACACAGGAAUAGCCUGUUUGGCUCAUUCUUGAGUUUGCUGCUCCUGCCUAAAAUAAUCAUCAGGAGUAUAUGCUGAUAUAAAAGUAUAGCCGAACACCAAGGACUUUUUCUGUAGUGUCUAGAACUAAAACCUUCUGUGACUGUUCAGAGACUCUAAAAUGCAGGGUGAAAAUGACAGCUUUGUAUGUAAGAGUCCUAAAAAUUUUGACAUGUGAUUUUUUCUAGUCAAGGAUUUUAAUUCCAAUGUGGAAACUACAAAAAAAUAUUAAAAUUUGUUUUCAUUGGCAACCGCUUUGAAAUGGCAUCAGCACACCUACAGGUGUACUGGGGACAGUACUUGGCAAUUCAUGGCUUCAGAUGUGGGAGAUAAAUAUUUUGCCUGGUUUCACCUUGAAGUUGAAGUUUUCCCAGGGCUUUGAUUGACUGGUCAUUGCAGGUAACUUUAAUAAAUUCAAAAGGAUGUGAAAGCACAAUUUCUGGAGAAUAUGCACGAGGGGUAGAGGGAAAACCUCAAAAACAGUCAGCAGGCUCUGGAAAACUUAGAAAAAAUUAAAAUUACAAACAUAAUGUAAAAAUAGAUGGAACUCUGUGACUGUUCAAGCAGGACUCUGUCUCUGGAGGAAAUGUUUGCCUUGCAUCAGCUGUAACACAGACAGACACACAGCAACUGGAGCCUUGAACAUCAGAGACUGGACUAAUGUUUGUCCCAGAAAAAGACAGAGAAGAUCCCACUGAAACAGGACAGUGCCUCUGUACAAUCUAGCCAUCCCAGGAAACUCAGCAGCUGAUGGUGUUUUUGUGCUACUGCACAUGAAACCCCUCCCAUGAAAAACAUCAUUCCAGGAAGGAGCAACAUCAUCUGACAGAUCGCAAGAGUGGCCAGCAAUAGCUCCAGGAGCUCCUGCACAAGACCCCAAGGAAGGAGUCCAGCCCCCAAUGCACAGGGCUUUGGCUUUGGCCCUCUGGCACAGAAACCCCCCAGGGGCACAAGUCUCUGGGGCAGGAGAAGGGCACCAGCACUGCCAGGGCUCGGCUGGGGUGGCAGGUCUGCCUCGGUGGGGACUCUGCCACACUUGCUGAUUUCAGUGCUGCCAGGCCCCUGUGCAGAUUCUGUGCAAGGCCCCGUGCCCUUCCUGCUGCGGCUGCCUCGGCAGCCCUGGGGACUCCUUCUGCUGCCCUGAGCCUGCAGAGCAGGGCAGCGUUUGCUGAUGGUUUGAGGUGUUCCUAAAGAUCCUGUCAGGCUGUCUUAGACACUUUGGGCAAGGGAUUCCUUCCAACCUGGGCCACUUUGGGUGGGAUGGGGGUGGAACCAGGGCAAGUGGCAGGGCGUGCAAGGGCCGUUAGUGACACAGCGCAGCCUGGUAACGGUGGAAUGGAACGGUGGAAUGGACAAGAGCUGGUGGUGACAAGAUCACACCAGAGUGCCUGGUGCAUGCGACGGGACAGGAAGCGCCAGAGCGGUGCUGUGAGGAGCCCCCACACAGCCCACUCGUUAGUGCCUGACCCGGAGCUUUUCUGAGGCGUAACUCCUACAGCUCACGUUGUGAGCAGACUGUGGGUCUUGGUGAGCCGGAGCUUUCCGUUGACAUCUCUUUAGAAGGUGCUCCCAAGGCCCCAUUUUGUCAUGGCGGGAAGAUUCUUCAGGCUAUUCAGAGUGUUCCGACGGAACAGAAAGACAGACCCUGGAGCUGCCCCAGCAGAACACCCAGAAGAGCCAGAGCAGUUCCAGCAAGGGCAGGAUGAUGCAGCCAUGGAUGGGACACAAGAGCAGGAGCCCGCCCAUGGCCGCUUUCACAAAAUGUUGAAGAGGUUCCGCCAGUUCCUGCCAAUUCGGCGUAGAAAGAUCAGCCCCAUGGGAACUGAGGGCACAGCUGAGCCUGACUCCGGGCUGACCGAGCUCCAGGCAGAGCCUGAUGUCAGCCCAGAUUCAGCUGUGCCCUCACAAGACUCUGAUGCUGCGGUGCCAGCUAUUGUACGGAGCAUUCACCAGAGUCUUAUGUGCUCUGUUAUGGUGGAUGCCAGGCUGGCCACUAACAUCGUGAGGCUGGCUGAAGAACACCCCGACGAUGUGGUGCUGACCCUCCUGCGCUGUGCCCCAUCGUGUGACAGAGCUGCUGCAGUGAUGUGGCAAACCAUAGCCUCGUCGGGACCAGCAAUGGAGAAGGUGCUGCCAACUCUGCUCCAUGUGAUGGAGAACUGGCCACUUUGCAGCAUCUGCACCUCUGAUGAGGACAACAAGGACGUUUUUGCUCUGGCUGCAACUCUGGUGCUCAGGGUGAUUAUGCAAGUGCCUCAGCGCCAUGAGGCGAUAAUGCAUUAUUCCGACUCUCUCUUUACGGCUCUGCUGUUGCACAUUUUCACCACCACACAGCUGAUGCCAGCAGAAGUUAAUAACUUCUGGAGAGAAUGCCAGGAGCAACACCACCUUCCCAAAAAACCCAACAGGUUUGCAGUGCAGGCCAUGAAGGCUCUGCUCUGCUUUCUGCACUAUGACAAUGAGUUGAUGGCCAUGGAGCGCAAGUGUGGCUGGGAAACGCUGCUCCGUGCUGACACCCAGCACUAUGCCGUGGGUCUGUUGGCCAGGGUGAUGCGCCGUGACUUGAUGCCCUUGUGUUACCAUGUCGCACACCAAUUUAUCCGGAGGCUCAUCGGGGAGGAGGCACGUUGGGAUCUGUCCUCCCUGGCAUUCCUUGUGGAGGUCCUGGAUUGCCUGAACUUGAGUGACUGUGGGUACUGUGUCCUUGAGAUCACAUCAAAGCACCUGCAGAGUGAGUGCAGGCAGAGGCGUCGCCUGGCGCUCAGAGGCCUCGUGGUGCUCAGCAAGGAACCCUCAAUGGCCAGACCAAUACGCAGCCUGUGUCGAAGCUUCCUGCAGCUGCUGAGUGACGCAGACGGAGAAGUGGUCAGCAUGUCUCUGUCUGUAUUCACAAACAUGCUCAAGAGAAAACAUCUUCGUUUAUCAAGGACUGCUGCCCCCAAGCUUGCUGAGCCACUUGUGCUUCUCUUUGACCAUGACAAAAGCCACGUGCAGGUGCUCUCCAUUCACCUCUUCUGCAAGGCCAUGAACCUGGUAGUGGAAGAGGGAAAAAAGGCAAUGGAGGGAAUUGUGAAGCAGAGUUUGCUCCCACUCAUUUUGCACUGCCACGAUGAGAACCUGCGCGUGGCUGAUGCCUCUCGGGAAACCCUGCACUGUGCUGCCACCUUCUUGAAGAACACAGAGCUCCUGUGUGUGCUGCCAACAGAGGAUCUGUCGAAGAUCGCCGAAUGUGUGCUGGCACAGGACAGGAACCGAGCAGCCGAGCACCUGAGCCGGGCACUGCCAUAUCUGGACAGCCCACAGGAGUCCCUACGAGAGGCGGCCGUCAGCUUCAUCGGGACGGUCGGGAUGUUCAUGAACAAGGGUGCACAAGGAAGAGCUGCAGACCCUCAGUGAGGCCACUGAAGCCCCGAGGAAAGACACCACUCCAUCCCACAGCAACCAGAAUAUCCAAGCUCAGUUUGCCAGUAAACAAGUGUCCCAAGAACAGCAGCAGGAGACACUGAAGAGGACACCACCUCCCAGUGCCACUGGAGAUCCAGGCACAGCUGACAACUGGCACAGCUGAGCCUGUGGGAUUCUCACGGGGCUUCAGCCCUCUCCCAGCCUGUAGAUAGCUCCCUCCAGCCCUCAGACUGUGCCCGUCCCCUUUUUUCCCUCUAAUCUUCCUCCCUUUUGACAGCUCCUUCCCUCCAGCCCUCAGUCCAUGCCCAUCCCCUUCUUUCCCUUUCCAGUUUAUCCCUGUUAAUAAACAGUUUGCCUUUUUCACUUAA